GUUUAUUGAACUCUUUUUUGAAACUAAAACUUGACAUUGAAGUUGUAAUGAACACUGCAACUCGUGUAGGAUUUUGCAAGUCAUGGGAACAGCGUACUCUACUUAAGGCUGAGCUUGGCAUAUACCAAGUUAUUAACUUCAAGCUGCCACAGCAACAGCACAGCUGGGACUCUGAAACAGAUACAUAUUUCCUCAAGUACUGGUCAACAGUCCUACAAAGCCCUGAAAUGGAAUGAAUACCUCUGUUUAAGCAGCUCAUAUUAAUACUGCUUUGUUUGCCAUGUUUGAAUAGUAAACCUCAGCGAGCAUACAGCAUGGCGAGAAAAGUUAAAACAGAGCUGGGGCAGUCAUUAAAUGUCAAAACGCUUAACUCAUUGCUAGCAAUCAAAAUGAAUGAGAACGGUGACUGUUGUUCUGGGGAAGUCCCACCACCUGUUCUACAAGCAGCAAAAAGGACAACUAUAGCUGACAGCAGAGAACAUGCCCUCCAGGCAGCACUUACCAGACCAAGAGCCAGAGGCCAUCACUGAAGAAGAUGAAGAGCAAGACAAAAGACCAAGUUCUCAGGAUUGUCCCUCAAGACACAAUCCAGGCUGAUUUCAUGCAAAAUCUGUGUAAGGAUUUAAUGCUUGACCUGUGGCUGCCUCAGAUGUCUGAACUCAUCAGACCCCAAUCAGAGGUCCAUGUGCGUGUCCCAUCCUCAUCACUUAAUGAAGUCAAGAUAAAGUUGGAAGAGAAGUCCAUCCAGUAUGACAUUAUAAUUGAAAAUGUCCAAAACCUUUUGGAAAUUCAGACGCAAAAUGUCCGGCCAAGAACAGUGAAGACAGUGCUUUAUAAUUACACAAAGUACCACAGUAUGGAAGAGAUAUACCAGUGGAUGACAGACAUAUCAGAGAAACACAGUGAGGUGGUGACACAUAAUUUCCUGGGAAUGACAUAUGAGAAAAGGCCAAUAUACUAUCUUAAGAUUGGCUUUAGCUCAGAGAAACCAAAGAAGAUAAUUUGGAUGGACUGUGGGAUACAUGCACGGGAAUGGAUUGCACCAGCCUUCUGCCAGUGGUUCACCAAAGAGGUGUUACAAAACUACAAAAAUGACCCAAAGAUUGAACGCCUGUUUAAAAAUAUAGACAUUUAUAUGUUGCCUGUGUUGAACAUUGAUGGCUAUAUUUACACAUGGACAACAGAUCGACUAUGGAGAAAAUCAAGAUCUCCACCACCAUAUGAAAAUUGUACUUGCUACGGUACUGAUCUCAACAGGAAUUUUGAUUCUCAUUGGUGCAGUAUUGGAGCCUCCUCGGAUUGUUGUUCCCAAACAUUUUGUGGCGUAGAGCCAGCAUCUGAGCCUGAAGUGAAAGUUGUUGCAGAUUUUGUGACUAGCAACAAGGAUGACAUUUUGGCUUUUCUGACUUUUCACUCUUAUGGACAACUGAUCCUUACUCCAUAUGGUUACACGGAGCAGCCUGCUGCCAACCAUGAUGAGCUGAUGGAUGUUGCACAUAAGGCAGCAGAUGCUCUGAAAGAGAAGCAUGGGACAGAAUUUAAAGUGGGACCUUCCUCCUGGGUUCUCUACAAAAGCUCAGGCUCAUCUCGGGACUGGGUUCGGGAUGUCGGAAUUAAUUUCUCAUAUACCUUUGAACUGAGGGAUAAUGGCACUUACGGAUUUAGACUACCAGAAGAACAAAUUCAGCCCGCAUGUGAGGAGACCAUGGCAGCUGUGAAAACUGUAAUUAACUACAUCCAUGAGAAGCACUUCUCUACAGAUGAGGCAUCAGCCAUAACAGAUUUGUGGUCAUUAAUGAUAGCCUCUUGGGCACUUGUCUCUUCCUUCACAUUGUCAUGACGGUUUACAAGUGUGCUCAGAUGAAGCACUUGCGAUAUAUUUUAGGAUUUUAAAUAUUUAACUGAGUGUUAUAAUUGUCAUAAGGAAACAGAUUACUCUAAUUAUGUAAUUAUAC